AUGGCCAUCACUAGGAUCCAGCCGCUCUCCGCUCACCUCCACCCACGCGCCGCUACUCCGUCUCCGACUGAUGAUAAUCCCGCGGCCGGGAAGAAGCAGGUGUACACGGUGUGGAUGAAGUCGCUGGUGCUGAGCGGCCACGGGUGCACCGUCUACGGCGAGGACGGCCGUGUCGCCUACCGCGUCGACAACUACGCCUGCAGCCGCAGCCGCGAGGCGUACGUCAUGGACGGCGACGGCAGGACGCUGCUCAAGCUGCUCAAGAAGAAUUUUGCGGCGUUCGAGACAUGGAAGGGCUACUCUUACCGCACAGCCGGCACUGGAGGCCUGGAGCAGCAGGAGAGCUCCAAGCCAUGGUUCAGUGUUCGCAAGGCCCGUCGGAUCCUGAAGAAGGGAGGGCCGCAGGACAGUGGCGGAGCUGUGGCGACAAUCUGCGUCAGCGGGGAGGUUUACCGGAUCGACGGCGUGCCGCGCAAAUCGGAGUACAGGAUCAGCGGCCCCGACGGCGAGGUCGUGGCGGAGACGAAGAGGAAGCAGACGGAGUCAGGGGUGGUGCUGGAGAAGACGUCCUCAGCCUGA